AUGGCACAAGAUAUCGGACCUGUCAAUUGGAGAACCUUCGUUCUAUAUAUGACGUUAUUUCUCAUUGCCUCAAGCGCCACAUCGACCCCCCCCGUUGCGGAGUAUGUUGCCAAGCAUUUAAAACGGCAAUUGAAAGAGAUAUGCAUACCAGAAGCAACGAAUGUGGAAGUGGACGGCCUCAGCGAGCAACAACAACGCCGGAUACUAAAGCCCCGAGACAAACUCACGGAAGUUGAAUGGUGGACAAAGAUCUAUCGGAUUGCGUUCCCAUAUGAUGAGUCGGCCGAUGUCCCAGCCUACCUCAUGUAUGGUAUUGGCUUUGAGGUUUCUAGGCUUUUUGACGGUUGGACUGCCUUAGCUAUCGAGAUAGAGGAGAAGUCUGACAAGCAAGCACCUCCAAGCAACAAGGUCAGAGCCAUCCUAGACUCUAUUUUCGAGAGCAGGGUUCUUGCUCUUUACAAAAAAGAUACAGGAGCGUUUAGCAAGAUUCGAACAGACAUUGGGCCCUCUCUGUCCCACCGUGCCUUUAGCGACGCCCUAUUAAUCAAAAACCAAUGCAUUGGUAGCUUGGAAACGCUGGUGAAUUCUAUAUUAGACAGAGAUUCCACCCACGAGGGACUGGCAGCACGCAACGAAAAUCCUACUGGAAUGCAAUGCGCUGAUGUCAAUAUGGUGGAUUUAGACGGACUACACCACUUUCAGCCACGGUUCAACUGA